AUGGCAGCCUUCAGCAAAGUUGGUGCGUAUCUGAAAAAUGCCUGGGCCAAGGAACCUGUUAUUGUGGCCUCUUUUGCCAUUGGCAUCCUAGCUGUACUCGCACCUCUCGUUAGCCCCUACACUAAGUACACCACCAUGAUGAACAGAGCUGUGCCGUACACAUAUCCAGUGCCAGUUCGGGAUGAUGGCAAUAUGCCCGACAUUCCCUGCCACCCUUGUGACAAGGAAGGCCCAAGCCUCGAGUGGCUGAAGAACUUCUGAGAACUUCAGAAAGCUUCCUGAACUACGACUGAAGGGUCCACCAA